GGCCAUCACAGCGAUUUCCAAUUUAUCCCGUAGUCCAAUCGUUUUCAUUUCUAGAGAGUAUUCCAUCAAGUCCGCAUCCCACGCCGCCGACCACUGUCAAUCGUUUAUCCCCUGGGCCACGACUCCGACAAGAUUGGCAGUCGGCAAUCCACAGGCGCGAUACAAGAUUUUACUAGCAGGGAGGAUACUAACUGCUAGUAAUUUUGAUGAGCUGAUUGUGAUUGCACCAGCCGAAGAUUGCGCCUGCCCACCGUCUCCAGACACUUACACAUUCUGUACCUAGAGGAGGCCGUCCCCGAGACGGCCAUCCCUAGAACAUCUUUCCGACGGCUUCCCACGCGCCCCCCCACGAGCAAGAUACCGCCCUAGAUGCGUCAACCGCCGCCCGACCGACCCAGCACACAAACACGAUCCCCAUUCCGGACCCGCGGUACCCCUUUCCACCGACCACUCCAACGAAUUUCGCCCGCCCGUCUGUGGAACCCCACCAACUCGACCCCGAGAACACCAACCUCUUCCGACGGCACUGCUCGCAGACGCCGUGCUCCGUCUUCACCUCCUCCUCCGCCCGUCCCGCUGACAGUUACCUCUGCCACUGCCGAGGAGCCCAGCAGGGCCGCCGCUGGUGAGCACCCACUUUUACAGAGUCCCGAACAGCGACCGCGUCAAUCCAUCUCAAACCGGAUCAGUCUUCACCUCGAACGCAACGCCGGCGCCGAGCAGCGCAUCAGCCUUCCGCCAUCGGUUCGCGCCACACCUUCACCCUCGCCGGUCGAGGCUUGCCAUCCAGGGCCAUCCUUUUUGCGGCAACAGCCCCCAUCCCAGCACCUCUUCUCCGUGUCCGAAUUCCGAAAAACCAGAAGCCGCGGCCAGAGCAUCUCGUCACGUCUUCGAGUACCAUUCGGUCUCAGUUUUGAUCAAUCGACAGCGAAACACCAGAGGGGAGACAGCAAAGGAAAAGGGAAAGGCAAAGAAGUCAUGGCGCCACCACCAUUACCGUCCCAGCCGGACAACAAUGUCGGCGCAGGAGAUCGUUACUCCUGCGACCUGGAACGUGGGCCGGACGUGGCCAACCCCCGUCUGUCCAUGGCCUCCCGCAUGUCAGGCAUCGGCUCCGAAAUGUCAUCUGACUCCUCCAUCAUGGGCGACCCAGAUGAGCAACCUGACAAUGGCGAGGAAUGGGGCCCCCAACAUCCCUGCUACCCACAUCUGAACCCUCACGUACCGAUAGACUCGCCAGAAUAUACCACCACACGUAUAAUCCGCAUCCGUAGGGACUGGCUGUUGGAAGGUGACCUCGCCCCGACGUUCUCCAACCUCUACCCGGACAUCUUGGACCCAGCAGGAGUAAGCGAGCAGGAAUUUAGGAGAGUAAUAGAAAAACUCAACAGCGAGCUCGUGCCGGCUUUUAGCGCGUACAACUGGAGGAACAUUUUGGACGGUGUACUCGGUUUGGCGACGGGAUGGUUGUGGGAUGACUUUGGACUUACGGGGGUGAAGAGCAGGCUGAAGGGGUUGGAGAAGUGGAUUGAAGAGUGGAAUAAGGAGAUGGAGAAGACGGUGAGGGCGGAUCACCCUGGGGAUGAGGGGGGGAAUGUGAUCCCGCCCAAGAUUGUGCCGUUGAGGAGGACGGGGUACAUGAGUCUUGAUAUUCAAAUCCCCGAUCCAGAAAUCGCCCCGGCGUCGCCUACCAUGUCUGGGGCCUCGGGCGGUGAAGGUGAUGGGCAACCGCAAGUACCAGACUUGACGGUUCCUCCUCCUGCUUUGACUGCUUAGGUUUUUUUUUUCUUUUUCUUUUGCACAAACCACUGUUAUCGGUCUUGACAUAUCUUGUACGCGUAUGACUGAUGAGUUUUUUUGUUUUUUUUUGUUGUUGUUUUUUUUUCAUCUUUGCACAUAAGUUUUAUCACUGUUACAUACCCCUUUUUGUCUUUUGGUGUUUAGUUAUUUGUUGUUUGUUAGUUGGGUGGAGGGGGGUUGUAAGAUGAUGGGGAAGUUGUUGAUGAGAUUCUGCUCUAAUAUACCACGGGACCAUGAACCUAGGCGUUUGUUCUUUUUUCUGUUUGAUCACUGACAGAGGGAGGCGGUGGUGAUGUUGAGGUGCUAGGAUAGGAGAGGCAGAGGCUGCUAGGAUAUUUGAGUUGAUGUAUAGAGGAGGGGAGUUAAUGCUAUGAUUCAUAACCCCU